AUGGCAAACGCUUCGGAGGAUAGAGAGCUGGGCACCAACGCCACCAGCCUUGGACCCGAAAACUCUACCGUCUUCAACUUCACCUCCCAGGAGUUUCAAUCCCCAGAUUUCUACGUGGUCCUCCCAGUCAUCUACUCGGUGAUCUGUGCAGUGGGUUUGACCGGGAAUACGGCCGUCAUCUACGUGAUCUUGAAGGCUCCCAAAAUGAAGACAGUCACCAACAUGUUCAUUCUCAACUUAGCCAUCGCCGAUGACCUUUUCACCUUGGUUCUGCCCAUCAACAUCGCCGAACAUCUCCUGCACUACUGGCCCUUCGGCGAGGUCCUUUGCAAGGUCAUCCUCUCCGUUGACCAUUACAACAUCUUCUCCAGCAUUUAUUUCCUGACCGUCAUGAGCAUCGACCGGUACUUGGUGGUACUGUCGACCGUCCGGUCGAAGAGAAUGCCGCACCGUACCUACCGGGCAGCCCGUCUCAUCAGCAUCGGCGUUUGGGUCCUGGUCACCCUGAUUGUCUUUCCCUUCUUCAUCUUUGCCAACGUCUACAAAGAUGACUUGAACAUCACGAGUUGCGGGCUCAAUUUCCCCAAACCGGAAAGAUCCUGGUUCAAAGCCAGCCGGAUCUACACGCUCUUGCUGGGCUUCGCCAUUCCGGUUUCCACCAUCUGUGCCCUUUAUGCAAAGAUGCUGUACAAUCUGAGGCACAUGAGCUUAAACUCGAACGCCAAAGCUUUGGACAAAGCGAAAAAGAAAGUCACCGUUAUGGUUUUCGUGGUGUUGGCGGUGUGUCUCUUCUGCUGGACGCCCUUCCACCUGGCCACCAUCGUGGCUUUGACCACGGACUUGCCCCAGACCCCCGUGGUCAUCGGCGUCUCUUAUUUCAUCACCAGCCUGAGCUAUGCCAAUUCGUGCUUGAAUCCUUUCCUCUACGCCUUCCUGGAUGACAGCUUUCAGAAAAGUUUCCGGAAGAUGUUAGAAUGCAGAGCUGCUUGA